AUGAAAGCAGAACAUGUCAAAAGAAGAAACGGAAAACCAUUGGAAAAGAGAAAUUCAACAUUCUCUGAGAAAGUAGAUAGGAUUAGUGACCUGCCGGAUGCUUUAAUUCACCACAUUCUCUCGUUCCGCGACAUGACCUAUGCAAUAGAUACCUCAUAUUUGUCUAGAAGAUGGAGAAAUGUUUGGAAAUCACUUCCUAUAUUAAACUUAGAUUCCUUCAGGUUCCUGAGAAACUACGAGGAAGGGGAACGAUGGUUAGCUGGUUUUCUUGAUUUUGUGGACAGGGUGCUAUUGUUUCGUGAUGACUCUGAUAUACGCAGGUUUGAACUUGAUCUGUUAAAGGGUGAGUACAAAGAUUGUCCCAAGUGUGAUAUUAUAACAGGUCGUGUGCAUACAUGGAUGCAUGCUCUUGUAAGACGUAACAUUCAAGAAGUAUCUAUUGGCAUUUAUUUGGAUAUGUCUUUGUUUAUUCAUAUUCCUCAAUGUCUUUUAAAUUGUAAAUCUCUGACAUCUUUGGAAUUGGUAAUGAAGGGUAAGCAUCGAGCGAAUAAGCUUAUAGCCAGUUGCCCAGUUCUUGAAACACUGAUUCUAGUAGGUAUAAAAACAGAUGAUCAUCUGAAUCUUACUAUUAAUUCUUCUACGCUGAAGCUCCUUGAAGUUAAUGAUUGUGGUUAUGACUGUUCUCUUGAUUAUACAACAGCUAAGAUUAUCAAGUUAAAUGCUCCAAAUCUCUUAUAUUUCAUUUGCGAAGGUUACAUGACACAAGAGUAUUCUGUUGAAAAUCUUUCUUCUCUACAAGUUGCGGAUAUUGAAAUGAAUAUAGAAAAAAGCAUUGAUUUAGAUGUGGAUCCGGGUACUGAUUCAGAUACGGAUGAUGAUAAAGUUAAAGAGGGAAAAUUGGAAAGGUAUUUAAGGCUUUCUGCAGAGGGUAAAACAAUGUAUGGUAUGUGUAUGGCGAAAUUUCUUGAAGCACUUCAUAAUGUGGAGGAUCUGAGAUUGUAUCCUACUUCGAGUCCCAUUUAGUAGAUGUAGUCGAGGACUGGGAUGCAGGAUUGUCCUUCCCAACCAUGCUGCAAAACCUCAAGUUGGUUGAGGUUAGAGGUGCUGAAGGACGUGUUAGUGAACUUGUGUUUCUGGAAUGUUUGCUAAGGAAGGCCGUAAUUUUGGAAAAACUGGUGGUUUUUAUUUGCGAAGCAGACUCAGAUGACAUAGCGAUUCAAAUGAAGAAAUUCAAUGAGAAGUUAUUAAGUUUCCCUAGAGCUUCUUCAGAUGUCACUAUAUUAAUCAAAGACGAAAUGUAAUGUCUAUCUUAGAUUACCAGUUUGUUAGUUGUUUCCAAUUAGGUUAGCAGCACUCUAUUGGCAGGUAUUUGCACAGGUUUUGUUUUCCUUAAUGUGGUCUUAGUGUCAGUUCCAAAGCUUCUUCAAGUAAAUUUCAUUACUGCUACCUUUUUUU